AUGACCACGCACGACGAGUUCAGCAAAGAAUGGCGCUUCGUGGAGUACAUGGAUAUCAAGGACUGGACCUCGUCUCUGCCACUGAGAACAUUUGCUACACACCUUGCCCCGGACAAAACCAAUAUGACGGAUGAAGGAAAGUACAUCUAUGUCGCCCGCAAUCCGUGGGAUGACUACUUUGAACACGUAGCAUCGGGUUACGCUCUGAGGGAACAGCCGAAUGUGUUCUUCGUUACGUACGAAGAAUUGAAGAACAACACGCGAGAGAUCGUGUUGAAACUGGCGUACUUUUUGGGAGAGAAGUAUGGCCCUGUUCUCCACAAUGACGAAAUGCUGCUUCAGGAGCUCCUGCAGAGGUCACAGCCUGAUUAUAUGCGAAGCGUGGUGGUUGUAAACCUGAGCGGCAGCGCAAACCCUCAGUGGGACGAGUUCAUUAUUCAAAGAAAUGCUACCUGCAAGGAAGGGUACGAAGGAGACAAGAACAGGUACGCGUUAGUGAGAACGGCCAAGGUAGGAGGUUGGAAGGAGCACUUUACACCUGACCUCCUUCAGCAAAUGGAGAAGCGAAUUCUUGAGACAGAAAAGAAGUCUUCCUUCAUGGACCUUUGGAAGGACAUCCGAGCUGAAGCGAUUAAUUGUUUUGAGAGUUUUGAAUAA